AUGACGCGCUGCCGCUCAUGGUCGAAGCGUCUCCUACGGCCGUCGCAGGUACCCGAACCAGUCGCCGCCGCCGCCGUCUUGUGUUCGCUACUGAUUCUUCUUGUGCACGUCCCGUCCACCAGGUCCUUCAGUAUUUCAUGGUUGUUUGACGAUAGUACGUACAGGGGAAUUUUGUAUCCCAAGUACGACGAUGACUAUACAUCGACGAUAGACGAAGCAGACGAGUACAACGACGUGUUGGAUGAGUUCCGUGUAUAUUGGAACGUGCCCACGUUUCAAUGUCACAAGUUUGGGUACAAAUUCAACGAAGUGGCCGAAUGGGGCAUACAGCAGAACAUCGACGAUAACUUUCGCGGUGAUAAGAUCAGUUUGCUGUACGAUCCGGGACUGUUUCCGGCUCUCAUGGAAGGUGGGGGUUCGCGGAGCAAUCAUAUGAUUAGGAACGGUGGUGUGCCCCACGAAGGCAACCUUACCAAGCAUCUGGAAAUAUUUACUAGAGACAUAGUCACUAAGCUAGUACCGGACCCAAGUUUUUCGGGGUUAGCUAUUAUUGAUUUUGAACACUGGCGUCCUAUGUAUGAAGAAAAUUUUGGAUCAUUAUCGCCAUACAAAGAUUAUUCCAUGGAAAUUGAGAAAUAUAACCAUCCGUAUUGGCAAAAAGAAGAUCUCCAAAGAGAGGCUUCGAGAAAAUUUGAAAAAGCAGCUACACAGUUCCUUAAACGAACUCUCCAAGUUGCAAAGUCAUUAAGACCAAAUGCUAAUUGGGGAUAUUAUGGAUAUCCAUUUUGUUACAACUACACACCAAAGAAUGAUCAAGCAAAAUGUUCAUCAAAUGUAAUGAAGAAUAAUGAAAAAUCAAAAUGGUUAUUUGAAGAAAGUACAGCUAUUUAUCCAUCUUUAUAUUUCAAAUACGAAAAUAUGAGUUCAGAAAAGAGAUCUAAGUUUAUGCAAGGCAGAAUGGUGGAAGCAAUACGCGUAGAGAAAAUGAGCAGUUCAAAAAAAUUUGUUUAUCCAUACACAUGGAUUAAAUACUAUGACACAAAACAAUUUGUAGAGAAGACUGAUCUGAUGAAUUCGUUUUCAAUACCAAAGAAAAACGACGCGUCCGGUGUGAUCAUUUGGGGAGCGUCUAACGACGUAAACAGUGAAAAGAAAUGUAAAGCAAUGCAUAACUAUUUGACCGGUGUUCUAGGGCCUACGCUCAAAACGUUUUACAAGAGCAACAGGAAAGCGGUGAAAAGAAAAAGAAGAGCGAAAGUGAGCAGUAUAUUCGAUUAUUUCAUAUAACGUCGAAAUCGAAUUAAUUCAAAAGGCCAUCAAAAGAGUUAUUUAAAGGCCGUUCAUGGCAUCAUAUAAAACUAUUUACACUAAGUGCAUACUACGCAUAGUAUUUACAAACACCACUGAGUUACCUAGAUUCAUAAGCAAAAUAUGAAUACAGUCUCGUGCUAUAAUUAUAUUAGGUCAUAAUAUUGUUAUAUGUGUACAUACUUAAUAUAGUUAUAUAUUGUGUUAUAUUAACUUAUUCUAAAAUAUUUAUAAAUUAUUUAUUGUGUUGAAA